CUACAGCCACUUCCUCGAAUAAAACCUCCAGGACCCUUAACAGACCUUCUCUUCAUGGGAUCUUGCUUCAGAAGUCCAAAACCGAUUAGGUGUGAUUAAGAGAGCGAGAGAGUCCAAGUGAAUCCACAGUGUGCGCUUACAAGGAAUUAUUUUGACAAGCGAGCAUGGCCUUUGUCAGAGGGGGGAUGUUCCUGUUUCACAUGUUGUCCUUCUGUCUCCAUGCUAAAGCACAGCCCUUGCAGGAAAAUACUGUAGCUCUUGAUCCUUGCUCUGCCUACAUCAGUCUGAAUGAACCUUGGAGGAACACUGAAUACCACUUCAAUGGCUCUCAUGAUCAGCCUGAGUGUGACAGCCAUGUCGAUGGGGAAUGGUACCGCUUCACUGGGAUGGCUGGUGAUGCCAUGCCCACCUUCUGCAUCCCAGAGAACCACUGUGGUACCCACGCUCCAAUCUGGCUGAAUGGUAGCCACCCUCAAGAGUCAGAUGGUACUGUCCAAAGGCAAGCCUGUGCAACCUUCAAUGGAAACUGCUGUCUUUGGAACACAACAGUUGAGGUCAAGGCCUGCCCAGGAGGCUAUUAUGUCUACCGCUUAACCAAGCCUAGUGUCUGCUUCCAUGCCUACUGUGGGCAUUUCUAUGACAUCUGUGAUGUGGUUGAUUGCCGGGGUUCUUGUUUGGACACUGGAGAUUGCAUGUGCUCUUUAGGGACAAUAUUGGGACCUGACGGACAGACCUGCCUUGAUGAAAAUGAAUGUGAACGGAAUAAUGGAGGUUGUAGCGAGUUCUGUGUGAACCUGAAGAACUCCUACCGUUGUGAGUGUGGAGUUGGGCGAGUUCUCAGGAAGGAUGGAAAGACCUGUGAGGAAAUUGAAGGGUGUCACAACAACAAUGGAGGCUGCAGCCAUACUUGCAUCACAGUGGAAGACACCUACCAGUGUGAGUGCCCACGAGGUCUAGUUUUGUCAGAAGACAAUCACACCUGCCAAGUGCCGGUCCUAUGCAAAUCAACCUCCAUAGAGGUGAACAUCCCUAAGGAACUUGUUGGAGGGAUGGACCUCUCACUCAUCAAUGGUUCCUGCAAAGGAGUAUCCAAUGGCACACAUGUCAACAUCAUCUUCUCCUUGAAAUCCUGUGGUACCACUAUAGAUGUAGUGAAUGACAAAAUCAUUGCUACCAAUUUGGUGACUGGCUUACCAAAGCAAACUGCUGGCAGUAAUGGUGACAUCAUCGUCCGCACAGGCAAGCUGUUGAUCCCUAUAACUUGUGAAUUCCCUCGUCACUACACCAUCUCGGAGGGCUACGUCCCCAACGUUAAGAACUCACCACUUGAGAUCAUGAGUCGCAACAGGGGUGUCUUCCCCUUUACCCUUGAAAUAUUCAAAGACAAAGAGUUUGAAGAGUCCUACCGGGAUAAUCGCCCCACCCUCAAACUCCGAGAUUCUUUGUAUUUUGGGAUUGAACCCUUGGUGCAUGUGAGUGGUCUUGAAACAUUAGUGGAGAGCUGUUUCGCCACCCCUACAUCCAAGACUGAUGAGAUCCUGAAGUACUAUUUAAUUCAAGAUGGCUGUGUUUCCGAUGACUCUGUGAAGCAAUACACGUCAAAAGACCAUCUUGCCAAGCACUUCCAGGUCCCAGUGUUCAAAUUUGUGGGUAAAGACAACAAGGAAGUAUUCCUGCACUGCCGCGUCCUUGUGUGUGGAGUGACGGAUGAAAGGUCUCGUUGUGCCCAGGGCUGCCGCAGACGGAUGCGCAGAUGGGCUGAGACAGAGGAAGAGGAAGCCAAUCAUAUGGUUAAUCACAUCCUGACUGGUGGCCCCAUUAGAAUUGAUGUGGAGGAGUCAAUCUAACUCAGCCUUUACCAAGCUGGUGCCCUCCAGAUGUCCCAUUUUUGGCCUAAAGCCCCAUGCUGUCUGGGGUUGGUGUAAGUAGCAGUCCAAAACAUAUGGAGAGCACCAGGUUGGCGAAGGCUGCCCUACCUUGUGAACAUGCUAUCUCACGGAAGUGUACACCUUUGAUAGUGAGCAAUAAUCUGUGUUUGGCAAGAAAAGAAAAAGCUAUGAGAUUUUUAUCCGCACUGAAAGCAUGUCAUCAGCUUUGUUAGAGUCAGAUUAGAUGCAGUCUCAUCCAAAUGCUAUUUGAUGCCUGAUAAUGGAUGGAUGGAGCAAAAUUUAAUGGGACGGUUGAUUCACAGGAUGAUAAUGGUACCAAUUUCUGUUAGAAAUGAUUUAUUCGAAGAGCAUGCAAAAUGUCCAGGUAUAUAAAUCUUGGCAUAAAUAGGAGUUUUUGCAAGGCUACACUGAGAUAGAAAUCAACAUCAGGAAAGGGACACCGUCUACACCUUACCAACAACUUUAAACUAGCACACUUGAUAAUUGUUUAGGUGUUGAAAUCAACACAAGCUGAGGAGUGGACGGGUUGCAUCUAGGAAUUUUGAACUACUUUAUAGUAUUUACAUGGUGAGAUCCUGCAUCAUCACAACCUAGACAAAUCUUUCCUAAAGUGAGAUGAACCAGUGGCAUAGUAAUUUGCAGUCUGGAUAGGCAAUAAAGCCCUUCAGAGCACCAGAUUCACAAACAUAAAUCCAAAGGUCAGUGUGGCUGAUCUCACCUAGUAAAAAAUUGUUACCACUGAAACGGAUAGAAUCAAUUCAAGUUACUGGAUUGAAUGAAGAGGACACUUUCAGCACAACUUUGUGACUCUCUACUCAGAAGUAAAGUUCCAUUUUGUCCAAUAGUGCUUACUCCAAAGUAAAUGUAAAUAGGAUUACAGCCUUAGUCACUGUUUUCUGUUCAGUAAACGUUGUGGGUUUCAAUGAUGCUGAUUUUGGAGAUCUCUUGCUACAGUCUACAAAGUACUUAUGGCAAAAGCAGGGGUGGCCCUACCAUUUGGCAGAUUGAGGCAGCUGCCUCAGGCAGCAGAUGCUGGGGAGUAGGUGAGGUAUUGAUGAACAGUGCUGUGUGUGCUAUUUGGCUUGCCCUACAAUCCCAAAGCUAGCCUGCUGCCUUCAGGUAUGGUGUAGUAAAAGUAAACUUCCAGUUAUUGCCUUCCAUACUUAAAACGGGGACAGGCAGCAUAAUGUCUUGGACUGAUUUCAACCAGAACAGUCCAGAAUUUAUCUGUUCCUCAUUUAAUUCUUCUGCAUUGUCCCCUUCUUCCUCCUUCUCUCUAAUUUUUGUGGGAUUACUCAGAAAUACUUUAUAGAUUUCUGCCAAAUGCCCUGAAUAUGCACUGAUUUAAGAGAUAUACAUUGUGCAUCCAAUCUGUAUAAUCUACAUUUUUAAAAAAGCUUUGGAAAUAGAGGCUGAAACUUUUAUAUAUUUCAACUUCCCAAAUGUGUACUACUAGAAAGGCCACUAAAUGUACCAUUCUCAGUAGACAGAGUUGAUCUCUGAUCUUCGUUUUGUCCCCAUUCUUGGUUCAUGGAGCAUUUACCUUUUGCAAUGUUUUGAUCAGAUUGCUCUUUUUAUGCACAGCUAUCAUGAAAGAUUAAAAAUGUAAUGAUAAAAGACAGUAUAGGAAACUGAUGGACCUACCAAGCAUCACUCUAGAUGGAGGGAGAGCAUACUGGGAGACAGCACACUUAUUGCAGGAUACCAUAAACUGAGGAAAAUGUGGUUUAGUUAUGGGAUGAUGGAAAAGAGUAAAUAAUGCAAGGCAGAUACAAUGUCAAUGACUGGACAAAUCUAACACUGUUACUACAGUAUAAAAAACAGUCCCAGAGUUUCAGAUCAUUGACAGUCAGAUCACAAAAGUUUACUUAUAUGAGGUUAUGUUUAGAAAAGGACUUCUAAUGCUUUUUUUUAAUCAGAGGAAAAUAGGCAAAAUGUCAGAAACACUUCAAUUUGGGACAAGAGGCAAUUUGUGCGUACAGAGAAAUAACCUGGAGGGUCUAAGAGUUAUAUUUUGGAAGAAUAAGAAUGGUUAUAAAAAUAUAUAUAGUUGCACCAUCCAAAGUUGUAAAAUAAUAGUAAUUCUUUGUAGCUAGAAGAGUGUGUCAUAAACAUUACUGGCAAUCUCCAAUGUUAUUUUGAAGUAUAGAUGUUAUUUAAUAAAAGUUAGCUUUACAACUGCCUGCAUGAUAAACUUUUCAUAUUCUCAAAAUAGCCGAUGUUCCUUUCUUUCUCGUUAUGAGGCAAUACAUAUGUUGUUUCUCUUUAAGUGGAACAGUGCUUAAUGGAAAUAAAAUUGACGGCAAUUUCAAACCUAA